CUUCAUCCCGAUAUUUAAAUAAUUUAUAAAACAAUCUUAUUGGCCGAGUUACUUAUUCCAAAAUUCUCGAGUGUCCACCAGACCGGAUCUCCCUUCCUUAAAAGCAAGCGACGCUCUCCGCCUCCCAUGUCCAUCGUCUCCUUUUUAUUCCAAUUUUUGCGGACGGAAGGGGAGGGAGAGUCGGGUGGUUCCGUUAUCUUGCCGUAACGGUAAUCGCGAUGGGGAGCCUCCCGGAGGAGAAUAACGCGACGAUCGGUGCCCGGCAGCGGCCGCGGUUCCUCUGCCUCCACGGCUUCCGCACCAGCGGCGAGAUUAUGCGGACGCAGGUGUUGGGCAAGUGGCUGGAUCACGUGACCGCCCGCCUCGAUCUCUUCUUCGCCGACGCCCCCUUCCCGGCGGAGGGCAAGUCCGACGUUGAGGGAAUAUUCCCUCCCCCCUAUUACGAGUGGUUCCAGUUCGACUCGGCAUUUCUGAAUUAUAGGAACUUCGACGAGUGCCUGGCGUACAUCGAGGAGCUGAUGAUCAAACACGGGCCGUUCGAUGGCCUGAUGGGCUUCUCUCAGGGGGCGAUUCUUUCUGCCGCGUUGCCGGGUCUACAGGCGAGGGGGCUGGCGUUGACGAGGGUACCGAAGGUGAAGUACGUGGUGAUAAUCGCGGGGGCGAAGUUGCAGUCACCGGUGGUGGCGGAGAAGGCGUACGCGUCCAAGAUCGAGUGCCCAUCGCUCCACUUUAUAG